UCAUCAGCAGCCACGCUAGUCUUCAUCACAUCAUCACACCGGUACAGAAGUUUAGUCUGAAGCUUUUAAAUAGAAAGAUGGGAGACUCUGUGAUGGAGUAUGAGACCAGACUGCAACAGCAGGAGCGGGAGAUCCGAAGUCUCUCUGCAGAGAUCGAGAGUCUAAAGAACCCGCAGAACGUGAACGCAUCUCCACGUCUGGACGAACUGAGAGAGGAAAACUCAAAGCUGAAGUAUCGUCUCAACAUCCUGAAGAGGAGUCUGCAGAGUGAGAGGACUCACUGCACUAAAUCCAUGCUGAACAUCAACCAGCGGCUUCAGGAAGUUUUCGGCGACGCCAUCCGUCUGUCGUAUCCUGAGCUGGACAAUCCUCCGCUGGCCGUCACGCCCAACCAGCAGGCCAAGUUCGGAGACUACCAGUGCAACAGCGCCAUGGCGAUGGCCCAGAUGCUGAAGGCGAAGGGGGUGAAAGUCAACCCGAGGGAAAUCGCAGAGAAGAUCAUCCAGAACCUUCCAGACAACGAACUCGUCGAGAAGACUGAGAUCGCUGGACCAGGUUUCAUCAACAUCCACCUGAAGAGGAUGUUUGUGUCCAAACUGUUGAGCAACUUGUUGGUGAACGGAGUUCAGCCGCCACCGCUCGCCUCUAAGCAGAAGGUGGUUGUGGAUUUCUCCUCUCCCAACAUCGCCAAAGAGAUGCAUGUGGGUCACCUGCGCUCCACCAUCAUCGGAGACAGCAUGUGUCGGCUGUUUGAGUUUCUGGGCUACGACGUUCUCAGGUUGAACCACGUGGGCGACUGGGGAACCCAGUUUGGGAUGCUGAUUGCUCACCUGCAGGAUAAAUUCCCAAACUACCAGACCGUCUCCCCGCCCAUCAGUGACCUGCAGGCCUUCUACAAAGAGUCGAAGAAGCGCUUCGAUGAGGAGGAGGACUUUAAGAAGCGGGCGUACCAGUGUGUCGUCAGACUGCAGAGCAAAGAGCCCGACUUCAUCAAAGCCUGGAACCUCAUCUGUGACGUUUCCAGGAGAGAGUUUCAGAAGGUUUACGACUGUCUGGACGUCCAGCUCAUCGAGAGAGGAGAGUCGUACUACCAGGAGUUGAUGAUGGAGGUGGUGAAGGAGUUUGAGCAGAAAGGCAUGCUGGAGCUGGACGAGGGUCGUAAGAUCGUCUUCGCCCCGGGUCAGUCCAUCCCCCUCACCAUCGUCAAGUCGGACGGCGGCUACACCUACGACACGUCGGACCUCGCAGCUCUGCGCCAGCGAAUCUUCAAGGAAAAAGCCGACAUCAUUAUCUACGUUACGGACAGUGGACAGUCGACACACUUCCAGGUAGUGUUUGCUGCGGCUCAGAUGAUUGGCUGGUACAAUCCCCAGGUGACCCGGGUGGAGCACGCAGGCUUUGGAGUCGUGCUGGGUGAAGACAAGAAGAAGUUUAAGACUCGGUCCGGAGACACGGUGAGGCUGAUGGAUCUGCUGGAGGAAGGACUGAAGAGAUCCAUGGACAAACUAAAAGAGAAGGAGAGAGACAAGGUUUUGACCCCGGAGGAGCUGAUUAAAGCCCAGAAGUCUGUCGCUUUUGGGUGCAUCAAAUACGCCGAUCUGUCCCACAACCGCAUCAACGAUUACGUCUUCUCCUUCGACAAGAUGCUGGACGACCGAGGCAACACGGCCGCGUACCUGCUCUACGCUUUGACCCGCAUCAGGUCCAUAUCUCGGCUGGCUAACAUCAACGAGGCGGCGCUGAGGAAAGCCGCAGAGACCACCGAAGUCCUGCUGGAACACGACAAGGAGUGGAAGCUGGGCAAAUGCAUCCUGCGCUUCCCCGAGAUCCUGCAGAAGAUCCUGGACGACCUGCUGCUGCACACGCUGUGCGACUACCUGUACGAGCUCGCCACCACCUUCACCGAGUUCUACGACAGCUGCUACUGCGUGGAGAAGGACCGGCAGACAGGUGAAGUGGUGAAGGUGAACAUGUGGAGGAUGCUGCUCUGUGAAGCUACGGCAGCCAUCAUGGCCAAAGGUUUCGACAUCCUGGGCAUCGACCCCGUCCACAGGAUGUGAUGUCACAGGGUGUGAUGUCACAGGAGGAAUGAAGACAAGUAAAGAUAAACUCACUCAUACAUCCAACAGCCUAAACUCACCGGACACUAGGAGUCCGACCCAGGAAGGAAAAUCCUCUGGUUCAGUCCAUUCAUGAACAUGUAAAGGAUCUUUUUUUUUUUUUUUAUCAUUAUUAAAGAGUCGAUAUGA